CCCCCCACCCCCUUCAUGUUCCUCCCUCGAGCCACCACCUCGCUCCACUCCCUGCUGCGAUGCCAGUUCCGCCCGCUCCCCUCGCCUAAAACCCUAGCCAUUACCCUCGCCCCGCCGCCCCUGCUCCUCUGCCCCCGCCUCUGCUCCUCUUCCUCCUCCUCCUCCCGCCGCGCCCCCACUGCCGCCGUCAAAUCCGGCGAGAAGAGGCCGCCCGCGAGGUUGAGGAGGGCGGAGGCGGUGCCGCCGCUAGCCGCGGGAGGAGCGGCCAUGUCGUCCUCGGGAGGCGCCGGGGGGAAGCGCUCCGUGGCGGAUGUGCUCAUGGGGAACGCGCGGGACGCCGCCAGGAAGGCCAAGAAGGGGGCCCCGGCCGCCUCCGGGGUCCCGUCUCCGAAGAAGCCCAGGACGAAGACGGCCGCCGAGGCCGACGGCGCGACGGCCGAGCGGGCGGUGGACGAGAAACCGCCUUCGCCGGCCAAGUCGCCCGUCAAGUCAAAGCGCCCGUCGUCGCCACCCAAGUCCAAGUCGAAGGCCGACGACGCUCCUGAGGCCAAGAAGAGGUCCCCGUCGCCCACGAGGUCCAAAACGCUAGCCGCGGCCGCGAAAUUGGAGGCCGCGGAGAAGCCCCUGUCGCCGAAGAGGGCCAAAACCCUAGCGGCCAAAUCUGACGCCAAGCCCUCUGACCAAGCCCUUGUCUCUCAAUCUAAAGACCAAGCGUCUCAAUCCGAGGAUAAGAAGACCAAAAUCUCAAAUGCCACCAAGUCAGAGGAGGUGAAUACCACUCUCGAGCUCAAGAAGAAAGGCAGUGAGUUUGAUCCCAUGGCUGCUGCCUACUGGAAGCCUGGCGAGCCUGUGCCAUUCCUCUUCUUGGCUCGGGCACUCGACCUCAUCUCCAACGAGUCUGGCCGGAUUGUCAUUACAGAGAUCCUGUCAAACGUGUUCCGUACGAUUAUUGCCACAACACCAGAGGAUCUCCUUGCCACAGUAUACCUCUCGGCUAACCGGAUUGCGCCACCUCACGAAGGGAUUGAGCUUGGUAUUGGGGAUGCAUCAAUCAUCCGUGCACUUUCCGAGGCAUAUGGCCGCAAAGAGGAGCAUGUCAAAAAGAACCUCAAGGAAUUGGGUGAUUUGGGGCUUGUGGCAAAAGCAAGCAGGUCGUCACAGAAGAUGAUGUACAAGCCAAAACCACUGACAAUAUCACGUGUGCUUGAUACCUUUCGUACAAUCGCAAAGGAAUCUGGCAAAGACAGUCAAGAUAAGAAAAGAAGCCAUAUCAAAGGACUUCUUGUUGCUGCAACAGACUGUGAACCCCAAUACAUUAUACGACUUCUUCAGUCGAAGAUGCGUAUUGGGUUGGCAGAGAAAACUGUCCAAAUGGCUCUUGGGCAAGCUGCUGUAUAUUCUGAAAAAGGGUCCCCGCCAAAAAAAGUCCAAUCACCUUUUGAAGAGGCCGCAAAAAUAAUUAAAGAAGCAUAUUCAGUUCUUCCAAUCUAUGAUAAAAUUGUCCCGACUCUUCUUGAUGCUGGUGUUUGGAAACUUCCAGAAACAUGCAAUUUCUCCAUAGGUGUCCCUGUUGGUCCUAUGUUGGCAAAAGCAACGAAAUCUGUCUCAGAGAUUAUCGACAAGUUUCAAGGUCGUGAGUACACUUGUGAGUACAAGUAUGACGGUGAACGGGCCCAGAUUCAUUGCAUGGAGGAUGGAACAGUAGAAAUUUAUAGUCGGAACGCUGAAAGGAAUACUGGGAAGUACCCUGAUGUUGUUGAUGCAAUUUCUAGAAUCCGAAAGCCUACAGUUAAGUCAUUUGUCUUAGAUUGCGAAAUUGUUGCUUAUGACCGCGAAAAGAAAAGAAUUUUACCCUUUCAGAUACUCAGCACAAGGGCCCGCAAGGGUGUUACUAUAAAUGACAUCAAAGUAUCAGUCUGUACUUUUGGCUUUGAUAUCCUUUACAUCAAUGGGAAACCUCUUCUCCAGGAACAACUUAAAGUUCGCCGAGAGCAUCUUUACAACUCUUUUGAGGAAGUGCCAGGUGUUUUUCAACUGGCAACUGCAAUUACAUCAAAUGACCUCGAGGAGAUACAAAAAUUUCUUGACUUAUCUGUCAACUCCAGUUGUGAAGGGUUGAUUAUCAAGACAUUGGAUACGGAUGCUACAUAUGAGCCGGCGAAGCGGUCAAACAAUUGGUUGAAAUUGAAGAAAGAUUACAUGGACAGUGUUGGAGACUCUUUAGACUUAGUGCCAAUUGCUGCUUUUCAUGGAAGAGGAAAACGAACAGGUGUAUAUGGGUCGUUCCUCUUGGCAUGCUAUGAUGAGCAUAAUGAAGAAUACCAAACAAUCUGCAAUAUAGGUAUAUUUUUUGUAACCCUAAAUUACUUGAAUGGUGAAUCAAUUCUUUAUAUUCUUCAUAUUUAUAUAAUUGUAGGUACUGGAUUUUCUGAGCAACAACUUGAAGAACGUUCUACGAGCCUUCGAAGUAAAGUAAUAAAGAACCCAAAGGCAUAUUAUAGGUUCGCUGACACAACUGACCCAGAUGUGUGGUUUGAGCCGUCAGAGGUGUGGGAGGUCAAAGCUGCUGAUUUGAGCAUAAGUCCAGUUCAUCGUGCUGCUAAUGGGAUAGUUGAUCCAAAUAAGGGUAUCUCUCUAAGAUUUCCUCGUUUGUUGCGGGUGCGUGAUGAUAAAAACCCAGAACAUGCAACCACAGCUGAGCAAGUUGCUGACAUGUAUCGUGCUCAAAAAAUAAACCACUCGCACAACCAAGAAGAUGAGGAUGAUGACUGAGAUUGACCCCAUUUUUAUGUGCAUUUGUAUGCACGACUUGUUGAGCUUUUCUCGCAGGGUGGCACGGCGUGACCUUCACUACAGCUGGUGUCAGGCUCGGGCUAUUACAAAGCUAUCUUCGCCGAUUAGGGCUCUGGAGGGCGGACAUGUUUACUGUCGUAUUCUUCGCCCAGACUACCGCCUCACGGUAGUGCGCCAUUUCCAGCUCCUCUGCUCCGCCAGCGUUGUCUUCGUCUUAAGAGCAUCUCCAGCUGUUGGCUCUCCAAAAGGCAUAAAAAUUGCCUUAUGAGGGGCGAGCCGGCGGUAUAAUCAGCUCUGGGACGGUUGGGCAUCCAGCCGUUGCCCUAGGCGUUGAUAUCGGCCCUAUUUCUGGUUGCUUUUCGGUCCACUCUCAGCGAAAAAAGGCCUGAUAUCGACGCGAAUCGGCUCAUAUUCAGCGUGGUUCGGCGUGAAUUCUCAACAUAAGUAAAUUUUUUAUCACAUA